AUGAAAGCUCAGUGGCUCCUCACAUGCAUGCAGAACACGCAGACCCUUGUGCAGCAUGAUGUGUUUGGACGAGCAAUACAUGCCAUAGCACGAAUUAGUGAUGAGUUUUGGUUUGACCCAAAUGAAAAAGGUCUUGCUCUAAGAUCAGUGAAUUCUUCUAGGUCAGCAUAUGCAUGUGUCUUCUUUUCAUCUAUGUUUUUUCAACAUUACUGCUGGACAGCUGAACCUGAAUUGUGUCAGAAAAAGAGACAAUUACCCCUUACGUGUAAAUUAGUAACGAAGUCAGUCCUCCCUGUGUUUAGAUGGCUAAACACGCUAGAAAGGAAUGUAGAGAAGUGCAACAUUUAUACAAAUGUUAAUGAUUGUCAUAUAACUUUUAAGCUCUUCUGCAAACAUGGUAUUGUAAAAACUUAUAACCUGGCUUUUCAUGAAAGUGAACCUUUACAAGCUGUUUUUUCAAGGCAUAUGUGUCCUAAUGUACUGAAGAUCCAAUCAAGGCUGCUGACUGAUAUAAUGAUUCAUUUUCCAACCUAUCAAGAGGAAGUAACUGUAGCUGUUACACCAAUGAAAGUUUGUUUCAAGAGUUAUACUGAGGAAGAAAUUGAUUUUUCAAAGGCAAUGCACACUAAAAUACAUCUUAAUCCAGAUGAAUUUGACUACUUUCAAAUUGGAGUAGACUCUGAAGUAACAUUUUGCCUUAAAGAACUGAGGGGUCUACUAGGAUUUGCAGAGGCUACUAGCGCUAGUGUCUCAAUUCAUUUUGAUGUGUCUGGAAAACCAAUUGCUUUCAGUAUUGAGGACAUGAUGGUAGAAGCCAGCUUUGUUUUGGCUACAUUAGCUGACAUUGAAAAUAGGGAAUCCUCUCAGCAAUCUCUAUGCCUUUCACAAAGACAGAAAAGGCCUACCUUGAUGAAGGCCCAUGCAGAUGAUGUUGAAAAUGUCUCAAACAACUCUGCAGAUAAUAAUAGUAAUACAGAAACAAUAGCUUCAAAAAAGCCUUGUUGGACUGAAAGAGCACAUAGCAACACAAAGUUACCUGUAGAGUGUAGGAAACCUCUAUCAAAAGGAGAUGAUGUUAUUCCCAUAAUCUCAAAAAAAGACAUGAACAACAUAGAAGUAUUGGACAUGAGUGCAGCAGGUGACAUUAAAAUUGUGGAGGAAGUAGUACCCUCAUAUUCUGAUCAGUGCAAGUUUCAUUCACUUUUCUUUGGAGCAGUUUCACUUAAGGAGCAAGAUGUCAUCAGCCACACACUCCAUAGUUUGGCCACAGCUAGUGAUGCUGAAGACGAUUUUGACAAUGAGCAGCUCUCCCAAGUUGUCUAG